CAGGCGCAGGCGGCUAAAAGUCCAGCCACAGUCCCGGAGCCUAAGGUUGUCAUCGUCCCCUCUUCCACCGAGCACCAUGAGCUCGGGUCCCCGUCUGCUGCUGCCCGCGGUGCUCUGCCUGGGGCUCGGCGCCCUCGUGUCUUCUUCGGGGUCCUCGGGCGUCCGAAAGCGAGGUCCCUUGGUGACGAACAAGGUCUUCUUUGAUGUGAGGAUUGGAGACAAAGAUGUGGGUAGAAUUGUGAUUGGCCUCUUUGGAAACGUGGUACCCAAGACGGUGGAAAACUUUGUGGCUCUGGCAACAGGAGAGAAAGGCUACGGGUACAAGGGAAGCAUCUUCCACCGUGUCAUCAAGGACUUCAUGAUUCAAGGAGGGGACUUCACAGCUAGAGACGGCACUGGAGGCAUGAGCAUUUAUGGUGAGACAUUUCCUGACGAGAACUUCAAACUGAAGCACUAUGGCAUUGGCUGGGUCAGCAUGGCCAAUGCUGGACCAGACACCAAUGGUUCCCAGUUCUUCAUCACCCUGACCAAGCCCACCUGGUUGGAUGGCAAACACGUUGUAUUUGGAAAAGUCCUGGAUGGGAUGACUGUGGUACAUUCCAUUGAACUUCAAGCAACAGACGACCAUGACCGCCCGUUUACUGACUGCACCAUCGUCAACAGUGGCAAGAUAGAUGUGAAAACACCCUUUGUGGUUGAGGUCCCUGACUGGUGACAGAAAUGGUGGAAAACAGGGAACAUACUGGCUGGUCCAUGUGCGCUUCUGCGAUCCACCAGCUGUCUUGACUCUUUAGUUACUUAAAGUUGUAGUUAAAAAAUUUUCUCUCAGUCUAGAUUGCAAUGAAGAUUUAAAAAUCAACCACACAGUCAGAUGUUUCGACAAACACCUGUCAUCCCACUAUUUAGGAGAGACAGGCAGAAGGAUCAGGGUUCAAUGCCAGCCUUGGCUACAUAGUGAGUUUGAGGCUAGCCUUGUCUGUGUUAAACAAACCAUACCAACAACAAUAAAAAUCAAAGUCCUGCUCAGGUACUUUAAAUUGCACAACAUAUCCUUCUUUUCUAAUGGUGCUAUUUUCAAAAACAACAACAACAACAACAACAACUUUGCAUUGGCUAUUUAUUUUUUUACAAACAUGGUCUUGUUUAGUUUCACACGGUUCCUUGUGGUCCCCAUUUGGGUGACAGGAGGGUUUGUUUGAGCAAGGUGACUAUAAUGAGGGUUAGCAAUUUUUGUUCAAAUAAUUCUUGUUUAGAUAAAGGGAAACUUGAGUAGUAUCAUAUGCUGUAUUAUCAUCAGCAGUCUGUGGCUUUGGUGUUCUUUAUAUUAAAUACUUUUUAAAGGAAUU